GCCUUCGCGGGCCCCAUGGAGCCUCUCCUGCAGCAGCUGGAGCGGUUUUCUGAAGUUCUGUCCGUGUCUCUCACUAACCACGUGAGCACUUGGGGCCCCGAGACCGUGCGCCGGGCCUUUCAGUGGGCUCGCUACCUGCGCCACGUGCACCGGCGCUUCCGCAGCCACGGCCGUAUCCGCGCCGCUCUGUGGACGCGCGCGCCUCGGGACCACUUCCUGCGAGUCGCGGCCGUGGCGCUGUUGCAGCCCGUGGAAGAGGAGCUGGAAGCGAGCCAUCCAGGGAUAUCCGGAGAGGAGAGUCAGCUGCUGGUCGGAUGGCUUCUGGAGCAAUCGGAGGUCCUGGCCGCCUUUUGCCGUUGCCUCCCAGCCGGACUGUUGACUUCGGUGGCGCGUCGCCAUCCUGCGCUCUGUCGGGCCUACCUGGGCCUCCUGACAGACUGGGGGGAGAAGCUGCACUACGACCUUCGGAAAGGCACCUGGGUUGGAGCCCAGUCCCAAGAUGUCCCCUGGGAGGAGUUGCUUUGCAAGUUUCAAAGCCUCUGGCACGCCCCGCCCCCUCUGAAGGACCAAGUUCUGAAGGCCUUGGAGUCCAGCAAGGCGCGGGGAGGAGACUUUGAAGCCCGGGGUCUUAACUUCUGGACUGACCUGUUGUUAGCUCUGCGGAGUGGAACCUAUGAAGAGGACGAGAGGAAAAACUCCUUUGAAUGGGUCGCAGUGUCAGUGUACUGCCAGUGAGCUACCGGAACCUGGACGGCAGCUAUAGAUUCAGUGAUGUGCGGGAUGUCAGUGGCUGCACUUUACACUCUUCUCUUAUCCACAUUGCCAAUUUGUGGUGUUUUGAUCACAUCCACAUUACCUGUAAGCCCAAGCAGUGUAGCAAGAGCUUUGGCAAUUCCGAUCUGAUCUUUAAACCAUUCGCUGAGUUUUAAAGUUCAAAAAUUUUCCCCAAUUUUUCUUAUCUUUCUCUCUCUCAAAUCUGCCCAGCCAUUUUUGAUAAUCUUAUGUUGCUUGCGUUGUGUUGUGAUUCCUUUUUUGUUUUAUAAUACUGUUAAUUGCGUAGUCUAUAUUAAUCAUUGCACAGCCAGAAGUCCUUUGGGCCCACAAUCUGCUAUUUUGAUUCUCUUGAGGAUUUGUUUCUUCACAUGUUUUGUUUUUUAUUUGUGAACCCAUAUAUGUAUUUGUUCUAAUUUUAUGGAAACCUGAGCAUCUAAAAGUAGUAUUCAUUCUCCCAUAAGGGCAUUUUCAGUUGUGUCUGGUGGAAAUAGAUAAUUCCCUGAUCUAUGCUUUGGCAGGCUUCCUGGGUUGUUGUAACAUCUUAGGGCUUUGGUGUUCUUACCUUGUGAUUAGCUUGGGAAUUGUCUUCAUUUCCUGAAGUGUAAACAAAGUAUGAAAGGUAAGUUUGAUUGAGAAUCUAUUUGUUUUGUAGCAGUUGGGCCUUUGGAAUAGCUAGCUGCUGCUUGAGCAGAGUAGAAAUCCUCAUUUUCUUUUUAACCCACAGCAGUUUAAUGUUUGCUUCAACACGCCUCUGAAGGAAGUCUUGUCACACUCAGCAGUUGUCUCACAAUGCCAAGUUCAAAGGACACUUUUCCUGGUAUCCAUUUAUUUGCCCCCACAGAACGUAUGUUUCUAACAAGCCCACCUUUUUUAAAUGGACUUAAAAUGGUAUAAUCAUAACUUUUAUUGCACUUCUCCAUAAUAUGGUCCUUUUUCCUUGCUAGCUACAUUUUAAGUCCUAAAUCUGAAAUGUUUGGUUCCAACCAACAUCAUCUAUUGGAUUCCUGCAAUAGUGUUUUGGUUUUUCAUAGACUUUAUGUUGGACAGAGUGGCACAUGCCUGUAAUUCCAGAACUCUGAGAGGCUGAGGCAGGAGGAGUGUAACUUGGAGCCCAGCCUGGGGCAGUUUAGCAGAUCAGUGGUGGACUGUCUCAAACACACACAUACACACACACACACACACACACACACACACACACACACGGGGAAGAGUGCUAGGAAUGUAGCGUGGUACAACGGUCCUGAAUUUAAUUUCCAAUACAACAGAAAAGCAAAACACAAACACAAAACACACAUACAGCACAACUAUUUAAAAGACUGCUUUAGAUUCACAACAAAAUGGAGCAAAUGGUACUGAGAAUUCCCCAGGACCGUACCCAUCUCAGUAGCUUCCUAUACCACUAUGAACAAAGGCCAUUUUCUUGUUUUGCCUUCUAUGAGGAAGGGUAUAUUCUAUCCUAACAUAUCCAUACCGACCAUGCUUUGCAGAAACACAGGAAUUCUUUUGGUUCUUGAAACAGGCACAGGUUUUUGUUCGUUUCCUGCCUUAGAACCCUUCCUGUGUCAUUCCUCCAUCCCAUAAUAUUCUGGGAUCUUUCACUUCUCAGCUUAACUUUGUCCUCUCACCAUAAAACCCUUCUCUGAAUAUAUUUCAUCAUUCUUUCCUGCGGACACCCAAUUUUGCUGAGCUGUGGCUUUGUUAGGCACGUGUGCCUAUCAUUUGCAUGGCGUCCCGAGCUCAGUGAGGACCCCACCGCCUCCGUCCUCCCCAUCCAACAGCGGAGACCCUCACACUGUGGCCGGUACACGUGAAGUACCUGAUAAUCCUCUGCACAAGCUGAAACGGAGUACACAUUGGAUUAGCUCGUCAUCCUCUGUGUCACAUAAGAAACGUCAACUAUUUUAGCAGAAGUGAUGAGGAGUAUAAAUCCCAAUUAAAAAUAAGAUCCCAGUAGAUGAUGACAUUUCCAAACUACAAGCCAACCAACAGAAAACGCUUUCAAAGCUGUUUCUUUGCGUUUGAAUCAGUCCAACAUUUGUCUAUGUCCAAAUGUAGACGCUGGUAAAUUUCCUACAGUUACUUAAUCUUUUUUGUUCUUUUUAUAUGUAAGCGCUCUGAAACUGUCUCCUUAUGCUCAAUGGUAGAAACUAGUUAUAAAUAAAAUGGCCCACCUUCCCUAGCCAAUUGUGGUCAUAGGGUAUUCAUUAUUCAUAUAAACCAAUCAAUGUAAACGCUCUAGGAAGAAACCAUCGAUUUCUUCAGGAAUUAAUUGGAAACGAUCAAUCACUAUAUCAGAAGUGGGGCACACAUCAUUUAUCAGAUGCUGAUUGUCAUGGUGGGCUACCAAUGCCCUUUUGGCUUAGAAAAAUGGUGGCCCUAAGGGAAAGUAGCUUCAAUCAUUACAAUAAUGAAUGUGUCUUUGCAGUCUGUAGGAGCUUCAUUAUUCUUAAUAUUGAGGUCAGGGUUUGAGUUAAGAAGAGUUCAGUGUUUAAAGUCCCACUGUGGGUUCGUCUUUUAUCUCAUGAAUGAUCAGGACUGUAGACAUUUUCUGCAUUAAAUGAAUCACAAGUAUAAACACAGGGAUACAAUGUGAAAAAUUAGCUUCUGUUUCCACAUUUAAUACACACAGCACAGUAAGCUCUGCAUGAUGUCCAUGUUAAUCUUUAAAACUGGGCAAUUCAUCUGAAAUUUAUAUUUGUGUUCCACAUAAGAAUAAUUUCUUCUGUGGACAAGUUUAUAUGCUUAUCAUGAUAAAACCUUUUUUUGCAAUCUUUUAGUAUUUUUUUAUAUUUCUAUUGCAGAGUUUUAUUCAUUCAUAAGCAUUUGAUCACCUACAAAUAUCAGUGUGAUUUGCUGUGGUAAAACUGGAUUGUGAUCCUCCCUUCCUUGGUCUCCAGAGUAGCUGAGAUUCCAGAUAUGUGCCAGAUUCUGGGAUUGGAGUUCAUAUUUUAAUGUUAGGAGCCAAAUUUCUCAUUUUUUUGGUUGAGAAAGCACAUAUAGAAAGUCAUAGGUAAACAACAGAUAGAUAUAUGCAGAUUAAUAUUGGAUUUUUUUAUCCUGCACAAUUGUUCAGAGCUCUAAGGGAAAGCUGUUAAAAUAUUCAUUAUGCCAAGAGUUUGACAUAGUAUCAAUACUUUUUUGUAAGAUAUUCCGUGUGAGGCUGUGCAUAUUUUAUGAGUAUUGACAAUAUGCUCAGAGGGAAGAGGAACUCGGUGUGUUGUUCGCUUUCAAAGAAUGUAGAUGCAUCCCUGAAAAAGAACAGCAAAAGUUAUUUGCCAAUUACAGGCACAUUAGGUACUUUAAAAAUGUCAACUAGAUUUUAAUCCAUGAUCGAGUUUCAAAUAUAUCACUAAUAUGUUAAAUGUUAAAAUGCAGAAUGGGAAAAUCA